UUCUCUGGAGACACGAGUAGAAGGUGCAUGUGCAGUGAGCGACAGCAGAGCAGUUCAGGGCACGAGCCAAAGGAGCACACACCCACCAGCAAGAGAGCAAGACUGCAUUAUUCAACGGAUCCUCUUCUCUACACUCCUCUGGGCCAGUGACUCACCCCCUCUGCACCUCCUCCUGAGCCAUUUAUUGCCAUGGAAACCCCGAGCCAGAAACGCACAAGCCGCGGUGCCGGCGGAACCCUCUCGCCCGCCCGCAUCACCAGGCUGCAGGAGAAGGAGGACCUGUGCAACCUCAACGACCGCCUGGCCGUGUACAUCGACAAGGUGCGCUCGCUGGAGUCUGAGAAUGCCGGGCUGCGGAUGCGCAUCACCGAGUCCGAGUCCAUGGUCACCCGGGACCUGUCGGGCAUGAAGGGCGCCUACGAGACGGAGCUGGCCGACGCCCGCAAGACCCUGGACCAGGUGGCGAAGGAGCGAGCUCGCCUGCAGCUGGAGCUCAGCAAGAUCAGGGAGGAGCAAAAGGAGCUGAAAGCCAGGAACAGUAAGAAGGAGUCGGAGCUGGAGGCGGCUCUGGCCAGACUGAGGGACCUGGAGGCCUUGUUCAACUCUAAAGAUGCUUCACUCAACACCGCUCUGGGGGAGAAGCGGAACCUGGAGGCCGAGGUGAAGGACCUCAAGGCCCAGCUGGCAAAGUUGGAUGGAAACUUGGCCGAUGCCAAGAGGCAACUGCAGGACGAGAUGCUGAGGAGAGUGGACGCCGAGAACCGCCUGCAGACCCUGAAGGAGGAGAUGGAGUUCCAGAAGAACAUCUACAGCGAGGAGUUGCGUGAAUCCAAGCGUCGCAUGGAGACUCGCAUGGUGGAGAUCGACGGCGGCCGGAUGGACUUCGAGAGCAAGCUGGCCGAGGCCCUGUCUGAGCUGCGAGCCCAGCACGAGGAGCAGGUCCGCAUCUACAAGGAGGAGCUGGAGAAGACCUACCUGUCCAAGCUGGAGAACGCCCGUCUGUCUGCAAACAGCAACAGCAACAUGGUGGGAGCCGCCCAUGAAGAGCUGCAGCACACGCGUGUUCGCCUGGAGAGCAUGUCAGGACAGUUCAGCCUGCUGCAGAAACAGCUGUCGGCCAGCGAGGCCAAGGUGCGCGAGCUGGAGGAGGCUCUGACGCGGGACCGGGACCUGAUGAGGCGGCGCAUGGAGGACAAAGAGCGCGAGAUGGCUGAGAUCCGAGCCCGCAUGCAGCUGCAGCUGGACGACUACCAGGAGCUGCUGGACAUCAAACUGGCCCUGGACAUGGAGAUCAGUGCGUACAGGAAGCUGCUGGAGGGAGAGGAGGAGAGGCUGCGUCUGUCUCCCAGUCCUCCAACCGUCAAGGUCUCCAUCGCACGGACCUCAGGCUCAGGCCACAGCCACACCAGCCGCCUGCUCCAGUCGGCCACCGCCGCCUCCAGCAGCCGCAACUCGUCCGGUGCGGCCAGUUCCAAGAAGCGCCGCCUCAACGACAACGACAGUGAGACGUCCAGCAUGGCGGGCGGCGCCGUGACCAAGACCCGCCUCAGUCAGCACGCCUCCGCCAGCGGCCGCAUCACUGUGGACGAGGUCGACCUGGAGGGCAAGUUCAUCCGUCUGGGCAACAAGGCCGACGAGGAUCAGCCACUUGGCAACUGGCAGGUGAAGAGACAAGUCGGGAGCAGCACCCCGAUCUCCUACAAGUUCCCCCCGAAGUUCACCCUGAAGGCCGGAGGAGCCGUGACUAUCUGGGCUGCAUCUGGCGGCGGAACCCACAACCCUCCCACUGACCUGCUGUGGAAAACCCAGAACUCCUGGGGCACCGGCGACCUCCUGCAGACCAUCCUCAUCAGUGCCAAUGGAGAGGAAAUGGCCAUGAGGAAAGUGACCCGCACCCUCUUCCGUGAAGAUGAGGAAGAUGACGACAUGGGAGCUCACAGCACCAGCGGCGGUGAGAAUGAGUACAACCUGCGCAGCCGCACGGUGAUCUGCGACUCCUGCGGUCAGACGUCGGACCGCAGCGGGGGCGUGUGCAGCAGCGGGGGGGGUCUACCUGAAGGCCUCGUGGGACAUUCCUUCUUCAUGGGCAGCAAUGAUCCCAGACAGGCUCAUGGGAAGAACUGCUCCAUCAUGUAAAAACCAAGCAGCUCCUCACUUCAACCCUCCGCCUCCUGCAGCCGCUGUAGGAGAAUCAUUUUCUACCAUCGCCCCCGAUGUGUCUUUAUUAUUAUUUUUACCUCCUUUUUUUUUUAUAUAUGAUCUUGUCUUAUUUCGUAUCCACAUUAAUCUGCAGGUUAGAUUUGCUUUGCGGUGUUUCCGGCACAGGACUUUCAAAUUCCGCUUUAGAGUUUUGUAUAUUCAAGUUACAUUAUUGCAUGUGUUCUGUGCUGAAGCUUGUACUGUAUCCUGCUUGACUUGCACGCUCUCUCUCACACAAAUACACACACACACACACACAAACACACACACACAGCUCCAUCGACCAGUGCUUGAGCUUCGAUCCAAGCUGGGGUUUCACACUUAAUGGCCAGGCUGUCAACACUCAACACGCACAGCUCGUGAACCCUGUCAGGAAACCGUCUCCCCAGUGAAGUGAAUCCUGUGGGGGUUUGUUGUUAAUCAUGUUUAUCCCCCACUAAAUGCAGCUAAUCUCUAUUCAAAGAUGCUGGUUAUGUUUACAGUUUAAAUAUAUUAUGCAUAGUAUUGUGGUGUAAGAAAGAUAAAGUAGCUACAGGGUUUAUUUUCUUGAAAGUUGUCCAAAGAAAGCCGACGUACUGUAAACUCAGGGUGUAGAGCAGAGCUUGUUUCUCCUUCUCCUGAAACAAACGUGUGGAUUUACAUCUGUGCAGCUGUUGUGUGCGCACAGAGAAAAAUAAUAGUUUGAGAUGAAUAUAUAUAUUUUUUCCGCUUCAGUUUCAACACCAGAUAAAUGUAUUUGUAUUUUUUGUUUGCUGGAUAAGUUGAAUGUGCCCGGUCUCAGUGUCUCAGCUAGAAUGUACAUUUACAAUUCCAAGGAUUUUGAUAGAACAAAGUAGGAAAAAUCAGGGGUCGCUGCAUCUUGAGUCGACUUUACUAACGAUUCUGCUUCCAUACUUGCAGAAUAUAUUUAUAGUACUUCUCUAUAUUCAAACAAAUAGAAGUUUUUGUACUAGAGACCCGUUGCAGCUUUUCACACAGAGCAACGGCUGUAUUUGAAAACAUUUUCCCAAACCUUUCUUUUUUUAAACAGAUUAUAAAUAUAAAUGCACCUUUUAUAGAACAGAAGGAAACACUCGCUGCUCGCUCACAUGUUUCAGUCUUGUGACGCUCAGCCGUCCUCUGGUUUGUGUGGCUCCUAACAACUGGUCAUAAGGGCUUCUUCUUUUCCACUAAGCUUACUGGCUUUUUUUUUUUUGCAAAUCCGCAGGCGUGACGUUUGGAUCCGAGGAAAACUGUGGGAUUUGUGUACUUUGUGAGUUUGGCUUUUUUUCCGCACUGCUUUUAUUGAGGGUCUUUCCAACUAUGCACAGCAGUUAGAUUUAUACUGAAGUCUGGCAGCUUCAGUCAUUUGUACUCCAGAGAAAAGCAUAUCCAAGCAUUUAUGGAAAAUACUUGAUAGCUACUUUUGGAUGUUUUUGUUUUUUUGUACUUAAUAGAUGGUUCUUCUGCCAUUUAGAUGCUUUUUGUUACUUUAAGACAUUAUGACGCCCAAUGUGCCUUAAAAACGUCAACGACAAUCUUAAGAGUUCUCUGAAGAUAUUUAGCAUUUGGCCUCGGUGACACAGUAUUUGUUUCGUAUGUACGUGUAAAGCUACGAGUCAUGAUAACUGUAUGUAGCUGUGUUCAACUAUUACUCACUCAUCCCUGAACAGGGAGUGUAAAGUACCUGGUUCUUCAGUUUGACUGAGUAAAAACCAGUAAAAAAAACAUUUGUCUGAAAUGUUAUUCUGAGUUAAUGAAGACCCAGGACCCUGAGUGUCUCGGACCCAAACCACAGAUGUGUCAUAUGUGACUCAAGCACUUCAAAGGCCUUUGUAAAAAUCCUCGUGAGGCCUCAUGAAUCAUUUGAAGGACUCGAGGAGUUAAAUGUUGCCAAAAGGGAUUUCUUGUUACAAGUGUUUAAUGCCAAAGUUAUAAUUAGAUUGAAGUGGGAUUUGUGUCAGAUAAUGACUCUAUUGAGAUUAUGGAAAAAGCCAUGCAUUCAGUUGAUGUCAUGAAUGUCUUUUUGUUUUCUAAAAAUAAAAGAGUAAAACUCUUUUUCUUCUGGUG